AUGGCCGACCCAUCACAACAACCACAACCGCCAACCCUCCCGCGCUCCCCCUACCCGUACGCCUCCGCCCCCGACAUCAUCCGCGCCCACCAGAAGGACGCCUACUACAAGGGCCACCUCUCCAACACCCUCACCUCCCUCCACCGCCUCCUCCUCGGCGCCCGCUCCGCCCACUCAGCGACCUCCCUCCACCGCCUCCUCGCCGACACCCUCUACCUCUCCCUCACCACCCUCCCGGGCAACCGCACCCUCGGCGAGGAGUACUGCGACCUCGUCCAGCUGCACGUCGGCGCCGAAGACUCCGACGACGACGACCCCUCCGGCGCCCUGCCCACCCUCCCCCGACGCGCCUCCUACAUCGCGACCUCCGUCCUCCUCCCCUACCUCCUCGGCCGCCUCCUCCCCUCCGUCCGCGCCCGCAUCCGCGCCUCGCUCCAAUCCUCCCUCUCUUCGCCCACGAAGAAGCCCGGCACCGCGCGACAGAAACUCGCCGCCUACGUCCUCGCCAACCUCUCCUCCCUCACCUCCGCCGCGCCCCUCCACGCCGCCACCCUCGCCGUCUUCUACUUCACCGGCACCUACUACGAGCUCGCCAAGCGCCUCCUCGGCCUCCGCUACGUCUUCACCCGCAAGGUCCCGGACUCCCCCGACCGCGCCGGCUACGAGGUCCUCGGCGUCCUCCUCGUCGCCCAGCUCGCCGUGCAAUCCUACCUGCACAUCCGCUCCACCAUAUCCGACCUCUCCACCUCUUCUUCCCUACGGACGUCUCGAGAACGCUCCGCCUCCCCCUCCGCCGCCGACGUCUCCCUCGACGCCAACGCCUUCGCCGCCAACACGGCCGUCCUGCUCUCCGAGACGGGCACGCCCGGCGGCGCCGGCGCGGGUGCGAGCAAGCUCGACAUCGCGGCCGUCACGCACACCCCCGCGCCGCCGGAGAGCGCGGGCGGGGCGCGGUACGACCUGGGGGACGAGAAAGUCAUGGGGUACAUAUCGGGCGCGGCGCAGCGGAAGUGCACCCUCUGCCUGGAGGAGCUGAAGGACCCGUCGGCGACGCAGUGCGGGCACGUCUUCUGCUGGGUCUGCAUCGGGGACUGGGUAAGGGAGAAGCCCGAGUGUCCGCUGUGCAGGCGGGAGGCGAUGGUGCAGCAUAUCCUGCCUCUGAGGAUUGCAUGA